AUGUUUCCGAUGCUGGGCCCACGCCGGGAGGGCCGCAGGAAGAAAACAACACUCAUCGUCAUCUCAUUCAUCACCCGGCUGCCUCUCAAGAAGAACAACGGACAAGGGUCCGUCCCCCCAACAAAAACUGAGGCCAUCCACACCCUGACCAUGCCCUUGAAUCCCAGCAGAGCCGAAAUCUUGUUCUACAAACCCAAGACCACCCUCAACCCUUCCGAGUCCCACCACUGCGCAUUCAAAUGUGUUCCGAAGCAUCCGCAGGGACCAGGAUCGAAGUGGACGUUUCUGUUUAUCGAUGGCGGGCCGGCCGAAGAGCUCACGAGCGACCAGCUGUCCAUGCGCUCCAUCAAGCGCCACCUCUCCCCCCCAGACGACCGACUCGUCAAGGUCCGGACCAGCAAGCCGCUCAGAUGGGACACCGACACCCUGCUCGUCUCGGUGCUCUACCGGCUCAAAGAGAUCGACCGCAAGAAGGACGAGGAGUGGAUUAAGAUGGAUGUCGAGUCCCACUACUGGUCCAAGAUCUAUGGAUUCCAUUCGGCCAUCGAAAAUCACCUCGUCUCGACCGCCCUGGCGGCCGUGUCUUUUCCAGUGGCCUUCAAUGUAGGCUUUGAAGAAAUCGCACAACAAGACAUCCACACCCGCUCAGACCUCGUCACUCUCAAAGCUCUCGAGACACUCUAUCUUUCAGUCCAAGCGGGCUACGCAAGAGACGGAUUCAAAUUCUACCCCCAAACAGCCGAGCCGCUGAAGAAAGUCGGAAACUCCGAUCGGGAUUUCAAACGGCGGAUAUGGGCAUAUUGGACUGAAGUCUCGAUCAGCUACGCCUUAAACAAAAUCCUGGCCAUCCUGAAACCAGAAGUCCGGAACGACAAGGUCAAUGUGGAAGAAUUAGAGAAACGGAUGGUAGACGCCAUCGGAAACGAGGCCGAUCGGUGUCGACAAUCCGUCGAAAAUAUCGUCAAACACGCCGUCUUUGAAAUCCUUCACACCCCCGAUCAUUUCUCGCUGACCGACUCGGCCACCUCGAUCCAUCUAUUCACCCUGGGCUCAUCCAGCGCAACUUAUGAGGCGCUAUCCCAGCUAGUCAAGCAUUUCAUGACCCAAUCCCGAUGGAAGCUAGGCUUGGCCAACGAGGGAGCGAUCGAAGGGCUGCAGAUCACGAUCGCCGAAAACCGGCCCCUACACGAGGGUGUCAUCCUGGCGAACAAGCUGAGCGAGCUCAUCAACGUCUACCAGGCCCCCCGUUCGGCCCCCAAAAAAGAAGAUACACUCAAACAUGCCCCGUCACUCUUCGCCCUCGACACUCUCCUCGACUCCAAGGAAUGGUAUCUCGACGCCAAUCAUCAGAAGGUCUUGGAAUCCUUCGAGGACCGCCACUGUCCUUCACUUGCUGGCUUGUUUGCUCAUAAGCCUGCCCCCGGCCAAGACGGAGACGACAGGGGCAACCUGGCCGACCUCCUCGAACGUGUUGAUGUUUCUAACCGUCAAUUCGGAAUUCAUGAUCCCGAUCCUGGAAAUCUUAAGGUCACCGUCGAACUCACAACAGAUGUCGGUCUCAGAACCUGUCUCUUGAACGCCGGUCCGGCUGGUGUUCUACUGCUUGCAGCCGAUCGAGUAUUGCCAAAUGGGGAUGCGUUAUGCAAGCUGGGAUCCGCCUCGGCAGCCUACACGGCCCACAAGCUAAGACAAGCAGUGAUAAUCCUCGUCCGCCACGACCGCUUCCACCCCUCGCACGACCCGCACCCACCUCAGCCCUCCACACCACCGCCGUCUUCGGCGAGUACGAGUGAUCAAGUGCUGGUCUCAGGGCUGGUCCAGAGCUGGAAAACGAUCUUCAAACACGAGAUCAUCGACCAUCUCUCCCGGAAAGUCCUCGUCGCCGGCUCCUCCCUCUCGGCCAUGUCUUCUCCCACCAUCUCUGCAACCGACCAUACCCAUCCCCUCGCGGCGUUCGAGGUCGUCAAGGCCGAGUGGAUCUCCUGCUUUAUCUCCGAUUCAGGUAAGAUGGGAAUCGAGAGGGUGAAAGAAGUCGCGGAUACCCUGUCCUCUCUCCACCAUUUACUCUGGGAAGAGAACGACCAUAACCAGCCCUGA